CCUAAAACUUAUAGUAAAUCUAUUCAGUCAGGGUCAAUUAUAAUUUGUAAUAUUUUGUUUAAAUAUUAGCAUACGAUUGUCUCGAGAGCGUGUGCAUCCGGAGGGAGUGUUCUUACGCAUAGUGACUCAUCAAUUUCCGUCGUGAACAAGCAUCAAAAUGUUUUACAGACAUAUUUUAAGAACUUUCACCAAUCCACGAAUACGAUGCCUAAAUAACGGGUUUAGGAACAAAUAUAAUAAUUUCGGUAGUCCCGCGUCGCUGUCCACAUCUAUAAAGGCGUUAAAGGAUGAAAAGGUGAAAGUGACAUUCGUCUUGCACGAUGGGAAGCGGUUGCAGGCCGACGCCAACGUCGGAGACUCCAUACUAGAUGUUAUAGUCAACAAUGAUCUGAACAUUGAGGGUUACGGUGCCUGUGAAGGCACGCUCACCUGUUCUACUUGCCAUGUCAUACUAAAACAGGAAGACUAUGACAGGAUACCAAAAAAAAUGUGUGACGAGGAGAGAGACAUGCUCGACCUAGCGUACGGCCUCACUGACACUUCGCGGCUCGGCUGCCAAAUCAUCAUGACUAAGGAACUCGACGGCUUGGAGGUAAAAUUUCCGGAAACCAUUAACGACGCGCGUAGCUGAUGCGGCGAACUUCGUUUUGUAAGACCAAUUUAAUAAAAUAAUUGACAUUUUUGACAAUAUGACUUCUUUGGCUGUUAUUAUUCUACUUAUGUAUAGUGACAAAUUGACAAUGAUAAUUUCUACUAAUGUACAGAAAGGACACCUUCUACAAAGUCGAACACAGCAGUUUAGGGUCGAUUCAGGGUUGUGUUGUCCCUCUCGACUAUUUAGGGUUAUCAAUAAUCACACAUUUAUUUAUAUGUAUAUGAAGAUUAUAGUGUUGUAGAUACACAUACUUAAUAAUAUGAAUUGGCUGUAUAUUUCUUUCAUAACCACAAUGUUGUUGGAUUAGUUAUAAUUGAAAUUAUAUGAUAUUGCUAAAAUAUAGCUAAAAUGAUUAUAUUUUAAGAAUUUGCUUACAUAGUUAUAUAUCGGAGUUUUUGGCAGCUGAUGCUUAAAAUGUUAAUGAUGCUUAACCUCCUCAGUCCUCGUGUACAUUUUUUGUACAUAUUCUAAGAUCUAUUAAAAUUUUUUCUACUCCCGAACUGUUAUUCGUCAUUUGCAGGGUCGUGCAUACAUCUUUAAAACCCUACUUAAAUGCCUAUUCCCCACAGCCAGCCCCCGCCGGCUUUCCGCGCAUGCGCGCAGUAAUGAGAAAAUUGAAAAAGCAUUAUUUGGCUCUGUAACCAUGACAACGCAUUGUUAUAACGUUACUGCGCGCAUGCGCGGGAAGCCGGCGGGGGAUGGCUUUGGGCAGCUGGCUCGAGCGCUGGCAGUGCAAACCGCCGCGUCACAAUA